AUGGAAGUUGUGCCCGAUCCUGAGCCCGUACCUGGCCAGGCCGACCCGAUCUGCUAUCCGAGAAUUCUCACGACUAGAAAUGAGAUUGCCCACCUCGGUACGCCGCUUGAAGACUUUUCGACUUGGUCGGACUACCUCGUGUUUGCCUUGUCGGGCCCGACCGUCGAAAUCGAGUUCCGCCAUCACUUUCACGGCAACUUCUCCAUGAUGGCGUGCAAGAAGCUCCUGGUCGACUUCUCCCCGUAUUUCCGGGACAUCUUCAGCAAUCCCAACUUGGCCACGACCCAGGAAGGGCGAGUCACCUACGUCGUUGACAUGUGGAAUGAACCUUUCACCGUGAACCCGGGGAGCUUUGUGCUCCUAUACAGCAUCCUCCUGAGCGGUGGGACGGCCCCUCCCCUUGCCGGCGGCAAGCGCAGCGACUUCUGCGAGCUGAUGUCCGCGUGGGACCUGGCGCACAUCCUCGGCAUGCACAAAGUCAAUCUCUGGAUCAAGGGAGCGUUCACGGCCCAUAUCGCGCUUCUCCGGGACUUCUGGGAGGGAGAGUACAACAUGGCGCUCCAGGACCCCGAGGCUCCUUACCUUUUCCCUCACUCGGUCAUCUCGUCAGUGACGCGCAUGCAAGUCCAGCGGAUGCGAGUCCAGGACACCGCCGAGGCGUACGCUCGGGCUAAGACGCUGCCGGCCCAGUAUCUGCAGCUCGUGUUCCCGGAGGACUUCUUGCAACUUCUGCUGAGUGCCUGCCCUCGGAAGCUUCUCGAUUCUUGCUUCCACCAGAUCAACGGAAUCGCAGCAGGUGCUAUCUGCCGAGAGCUGGUUCACCAACAUGCUCUCUAA